UACGGAGAUUGUGGGUGGGGCCCAGUGACGGGAAUCUCAGUAACAACCUUUCACCUCCCACCUAUGAAGCACGAGGAAAACAAAAAAUCAAAAAAAGUUGAAUAUGAAGAUCAUUUCUUAACUGAAUCACACCAACACCACAGACCUCGGCAUCUAAUCAGAACGGAAAUGUACGAGGACACUGCAGGAUGCUUUUCCCCCAACUCCAUUCCACAAGCUGCCGACGAUGCUUUCUCUCAGACACUGCCCCAACCAGUAAUGGCCGCAGACGCCUUCACUAACAACCAAAACACCUAUCAAGAUCAGAAUCUGAGGCCCCCCACGGAAGCCCUCACUUACCACCCUCCGCAGCUGGAUGCCUCUCCUACUUCCUUGGAAAUUCAACUCCAGCACCAGCUCGCCUUGAACGCCGCUGAUGAUCAAAUUCAGGACAAUGCCCACUUAAUGCACCAGAUGAUUCGUGAUGUCUCCAAUCAAGUUCUAUCUUAUGGUUCAUCCAGUUGGGACCCCGGUUUCCAUGAAAUGCAAGAUGUGGCAUUCGCCGAUCCCAACCCCAAUCGAAAUAUCCUCCACCAGCAUCCGGACCAGCAGAUUGAGCUGCAAAAGGGGCCGGGUCGCCAAGACUUCAAUAUGAUUCCGGCUUCUUCCUUACAAGAAACUCACUACCCUCCAACUCCAGACCUCCUAAAUCUGCUUCACCUGCCUAGAUGCUCGGCCUCCUCUUUGCUCCCGGCUAAUUCGUCCAUCUCCUUUGCUAACCACAACCCAAAGCCCAGUUUCGGCUACAUUGGAGAACUUCCAUCUACGGACAGCGCAUCCGGGUCUUCUGUUCUCUAUGACCCCUUGUUCCAUCUGAACCUGCCUCCACAGCCUCCCUUGUUCAGGGAAUUGUUUCAGUCCCUACCUAGUGGCUACAGCCUGCCAGGUCGCUCUUUAUUUGGAGGAGCCGACGACCAGAGAGAUAUGUACCAUGAAGGUGAUGGGGCUUCAUUUGAUAACGGAAUCCUGGAGUUCACUAGGGACAUGGCUUGUCUCGGAAAAGGGAGAGAAGUAGGCAAGAGUACUGCAAAGCACUUCCCCACUGAGAAAGAAAGGAGACAAAACUUGAACGAUAAGUACAAGGCCUUAAGGAGUUUGGUUCCCAACCCCACCAAGACUGAUAGAGCAUCUGUGGUGGGAGAUGCCAUCGAUUACAUUAAAGAACUUCUUAGAACAGUUAGCGAGCUAAAAUUGCUAGUGGAGAAAAAGAGAUGUGGCAGAGAGAGGAACAAGAGGCAAAAGACGGAAGAUGAUGGUGUAGGGGACAUGGAAAGUCCCAACGCGAAGCCUCUUGGAGAACCCCAUUCGGGCCAAUCUUACAGUAGUUCAUUGAGAAGUUCUUGGCUGCAGAGAAAGUCUAAGGUUACUGAGGUUGAUGUUCGCAUAAUUGACGAUGAAGUUACUAUCAAACUUGUCCAGAAAAAGAAGAUCAAUUGCUUGCUAUUUGUGUCCAAGGUUCUUGACGAGUUUCAGUUGGAUCUCCAUCACGUUGCUGGUGGUCACAUUGGCGAACACUACAGCUUCCUCUUCAACACCAAGAUAUACGAAGGUUCUUCAGUUUAUGCUAGUGCCAUAGCCAACAAACUCAUUGAGGUCGUGGACAGACAGUAUGCCGCCGCUCCUCCUCCUAGCAGCUAUUAGGUUGGGAAUUUUUGCUGUCCAAAUUAUUUAGUCUUGUUCAUUAUCUACAUUCUUACCAAAUCAGAUACAUAUAUAUAUACACACACACACACACACACACAUGUUAUAAGUUGGCAGCAAUUGGGUUGGGGAGAAGACGGCCAAAAUGUAAGGAGAGCGUGCACGCGUAGUUCCAAGUUGGAUUCUUAUUAUUAACAGAAAAAAGUUUGAGCGGUACUUAGUAUGUAUUAUGGUUUGAAAUACAUUUUUCUAAAGAAAUCU